CCACGGAGGAGUCAAGGCGCCUGCACUGAACCCUGGUAAACAGCAGAGGACACUGGGAUAAUUCUGCCCAGAAAAGGAAAAGGCAGGCACUUUAGUCCCCAAGAAAAGCAGGAGAGGAGUCCUCGGCCUUCCACUGCGGCAGGCAGUCAGGAGGAGUCAUGUGGCUGGAACUUCUCCUGGCUUCGGUGCUGGGCCUUGUCAUCUACUGGUUCAUCUCCCGGGACAAGGAAGAAACCUUGCCCCUUGAAGAUGGAUGGUGGGGCCCCGGGUCGAAGCCCUCCGCCAGGGAAGAUGAGAGCAUCCGGCCUUUCAAGGUGGAGACCUCAGACGAGGAGAUCAAGGACUUACACCAGAGGAUUGACAGGUUCCGGGCAUCCCCGCCUUUGGAGGGCAGCCGCUUCCACUAUGGCUUCAACUCCAACUACCUGAAGAAAGUGGUGUCCUUCUGGAGAAAUGAGUUUGACUGGAGGAAGCAGGUGGAGAUCCUCAAUCAGUACCCCCACUUCAAGACCAAGAUCGAAGGGCUGGACAUCCACUUCAUCCAUGUGAAGCCUCCCCAGCUGCCCUCAGGCCGCACCCCAAAGCCCUUGCUGAUGGUGCAUGGCUGGCCCGGCUCCUUCUAUGAGUUUUACAAGAUCAUCCCGCUGCUGACUGACCCCAAGACCCAUGGCCUGAGUGACGAGCACGUGUUUGAAGUCAUCUGUCCCUCCAUUCCUGGCUAUGGCUUCUCAGAGGCAUCCAGCAAGAAAGGGUUCAAUUCGGUGGCCACUGCCAGGAUCUUCUACAAGCUGAUGUCGCGGCUGGGCUUCCAGAAAUUCUACAUUCAAGGCGGGGACUGGGGGUCCCUCAUCUGCACCAACAUGGCUCAGAUGGUUCCCAACCACGUGAAAGGCCUGCACUUGAACAUGGCUUUCAUCUCAAGAAGUAUUUACACCUUGACCCCUCUCCUGGGCCGGCGUUUUGGGAGAUUUCUUGGCUACACUGAGAGGGAUAUUGAGUUGUUGUACCCCUUCAAGGAGAAGGUUUUCUAUAGCAUCAUGAGGGAGAGUGGCUACCUACACAUCCAGGCCACCAAGCCAGACACCGUGGGCUGUGCUCUGAACGACUCGCCCGUGGGCCUGGCUGCCUACAUCUUAGAAAAGUUCUCCACCUGGACCAAGUCAGAAUACCGUGAACUGGAGGAUGGAGGCCUGGAGAGGAAGUACUCCCUGGAAGAUCUGCUGACCAACAUCAUGAUCUACUGGACAACAGGAACCAUUGUCUCCUCUCAGCGCUUCUACAAGGAGAACAUGGGCCAGGGCAUCAAGGUCCAUAGGCAUGAGAGGAUGAAGGUCUUCGUACCCACCGGCUAUUCCGCCUUCCCUUCCGAGAUAAUGCACGCUCCAGAAAAAUGGGUGAAGGUCAAGUACCCCAAACUCAUCUCCUAUUCCUACAUGGAGCGUGGGGGCCACUUUGCCGCCUUUGAAGAGCCCAAGCUUCUGGCCCAGGACAUCCGCAAGUUCGUGUCCCUGGUUGAACUGCAGUAAUGACCCGAGAUACCAACCACGGCUUUAGCUGCAGCCCCUGGUCCCUCCCAAGUCACGCAGGGGAGAUGACCCCUUUCUAAAGAAUAAGUUUGGUUUUUGUCCCCUGACCACACUGGGGGCCCUGACUUAACCGCUCACAGAGUCACCUCUCACCACCCCCACGUGGGUCACCCCACUACACACCUGUGUUAAGCUACACUGCUUUGAUGAUAAAUGGUUUUAUUUCUAA